AUUUUAGUCCUUGUAAUUAGCUUUUCAUUCAUUUGUGCCCUGUUAACUCUCAUACACUACCUACAAAAAUUAUGGCUAAAUCCAAUAAGAUACCAACAUUUGAUGAGAUCACAAGGAAUCAACGGCCCUCGUUACAGAUUCCUUUUUGGAAACACACGAGAAAUCAUGAACAUGACACGAGAGACUACGGUAAAAUCCAUGGACCGCGUUUCACACGAUAUUUACCCGAGAAUCUUGCCACAUGUGCACUAUUGGGCAAACUUAUAUGGUGCGAAUUUCUUGAAUUGGUACGGCCCUCAAGCGCAAUUAGUAGUCACUGAGCUCGAACUUGUUAAGGAAAUACUAAACGAUAAAGACGGAAACUUUCCAAAAAUAGAUCUUGAAGGUCAUGCCAAAAGGCUACUUGGAGAUGGGCUCUCGUCAUCAAAAGGGGAAAAAUGGGCGAAAAUGAGAAAACUCGCAAACAAUGCUUUCCAUGGAGAAAGUCUAAAAAUUAUGAUUCCGACAAUGAUCUCAAGUGUGGAGACAAUGUUGGAAAAAUGGAAGGACUAUGAAGGCAAAGAAAUUGAAGUGUUUGAAGAGUUUAGGAUAUUGACAUCGGAUAUCAUUUCUAAGACCGCGUUUGGCAGUAGCUAUUCAGAAGGCGAGAUUAUCUUCGACAAGUUGAUGAAGUUAACGUUGAUUUUAUCCCGAAACACACACAAAAUUAAGCUCCCUUUGUUAAGGUCCUUUGUCAGUCGAAUCUUUCCGAGCAACGAUGAUCUCGAAUCCAAGAAGCUCGAGAAAGGCCUCCGAGACUGCAUUGUUCGGGUUAUUACGAAACGGGAAAUGGAAGAAAAUAGCAAAAGCGAUUUUCUCGGGAAGCUUCUAGAAUCCAACAACGAAAGGAACAAAAAAAACUUGAAGAUGUCCGUACAAGAGAUAGUCGAUGAAUGCAAGACUUUCUAUUUUGCCGGGCACGAAACAACGAUGUCUUUGCUUGCAUGGACAAUAAUGCUCCUAUGUCAGAAUCAAGAAUGGCAAGAGAAAGUGAGACAAGAGAUUAUCGAGGUUCUCGGACAAACGUUGAACAUGAUUAUUGACGAAUCACUAAGACUCUAUCCACCGGUGCCGGCCAUUAAAAGAAAGGUCGACAAACGAACGAAACUUGGAAAUUUACAUUUGCCACCACAUAUGGAAUUAUACAUUUCACCAUUGACCCUUCACCAUGACCACAACUUAUGGGGAGAAGAUGUUCAUCUUUUCAAACCAGAGAGAUUUGCAAAAGGGAUUGUUAUGGCAACUAACAAUAAUCCGGUGGCUUUUAUGCCAUUUGGGUUCGGACCAAGAAUUUGCGUCGGAUUAGAUUUUGCAAAAAUUGAGGCGAAAAUAGUCAUUUCCAUGAUUUUGCAGCGUUAUAGAUUGGUACUUUCAACAACGUAUGUUCAUUCGCCCGUUAAAGUUUUUAUGGUUCGUCCAGAAUUUGGAGUUCAACUUCUAGAAUCCAACAACGAAAGGGACGAAAAAAACUUGAAGAUGUCCGUACAAGAGAUAGUCGAUGAAUGCAAGACUUUCUAUUUUGCAGGGCACGAAACAACGAUGUCUUUGCUUGCAUGGACAAUAAUGCUCCUAUGUCAGAAUCAAGAAUGGCAAGAGAAAGUGAGACAAGAGAUUAUCGAGGUUUUCGGACAAACGUUGAACAUGAUUAUUGACGAAUCGCUAAGACUCUAUCCACCGGUGCCGGCCAUUAAAAGAAAGGUCGACAAACAAACGAAACUUGGAAAUUUACAAUUGCCACCACAAAUGGAGUUAUACAUUUCACCAUUGGCCCUUCACCAUGACCACAAAAUAUGGGGAGAAAAUGUUCAUCUUUUCAAACCAGAGAGAUUUGCGAAAGGGAUUGUUAUGGCAACUAACAAUAAUCCGGUGGCUUUUAUGCCAUUUGGGUUCGGACCAAGAAUUUGCGUCGGAUUAGAUUUUGCAAAAAUUGAGGCGAAAAUAGUCAUUUCCAUGAUUUUGCAGCGUUAUAGAAUGGUACUUUCAACGACGUAUGUUCAUUCGCCCGUUAAGGUUUUUAUGGUUCGUCCAGAAUUUGGAGUUCAAGUGAUUGUGGAGAGAAUU